CAGAUAACCAAAAUCUAUCAUCAGAGUCGGACAGCAGCAGAAGAAAUAGGACAGACAACUUUCCUUUAAGCAUUUGACACAAAGAUGGAAUAUACGACUGGCUCGGAUUAUGACUACAGCGAAUACACAGAAGCUGUACCAUGCACCAGGGACAAUGACAACAAACUGGGAGCGCUGCUGUCCAUCCUUUACUACUUCAUGUUUGCCUUCAGUGUCAUUUGCAACGGGAUAGUCCUCAUCAUCAUCUGUCGGUUUGAUCAGCUGACCACUGUGACCAACAUCUUGCUGCUGAACCUUGUGAUGUCCUCCCUGAUCUUCAUGAUCAGCCUUCCUUUCAUGGCAGUCUACAUGCAGCUCUCUAACUGGAUCUUUGGCGAAGUUAUGUGCAAGAUUGUUAGUACUGUCUACUAUCUGGGUUUUUACAGCUCUGUACUCUUUCUAGCCCUUCUGACCUUUGAUCGGUACCUUGCAAUUCUGUACCCGUUGAAUGACUCACAAGUGAGAAAUCGAAAGUAUGCAGGAAUCUCCUGCACUGUUGUGUGGCUAGUCAGUGGGUUAGCAUGUAUCAGACCAAUGAUUAUCUAUAGUAGUUUCUUUUCUAGUCUUGAUAACAAAACUUUUUGUGAGGAGUACCCUCGAAACCUUACCUAUGUCGAUAUGGACAAGCUGAGAAAAUCUGGGUUUUACCUUCAGCUGAGUGUUUUCUUGAUUUUCCCACUGAUUGUUAUUUUCUACUGCUACAGUAGGAUUGCAAUCACUGUUAUGUCAUCCAGGAUUGCAAGCAAAUUCAAGACAGUCAGGCUCAUCUUCAUCAUUGUGCUGUUGUUUUUCAUGUGCUGGACUCCUUUCAACGUUGUACACUUGAUGAACAUUAACAAUGAAGUUAAGAGUGAGUGUGAGGACAAACAGAAACUGGGUUAUGCACUUCAAAUUACUCGCACCAUUGCCUACUUUUACUUUUGUAUCAGUCCUGUAUUCUAUACUUUUGUUGGGAAGAAAUUCCAGAACCACUUCAGGCAUCUGCUGGUGAAACACUUCCCAAAGUUAAAGAGGCAUAUGUCUGUUAGUCAAAACAGCAGAAGCUACGUGAACACAAAAACGACACCAAAUGAUUAUAGGGAUAUUUAGCGAACCAGCUUACGGCCAUACCACCCUGAGCACUCGUCUGAUUUCGCAAGCUAAGCAGGGUUGGGCUUGGUUAGUGCUUGGAUGGGAGACUGCCUGGGAAUAACAGGUCAGCCCGGGCACCACGGCACGGUGGUUAGCACUGUUGCCGCACGGCAAGAAGAUCCUGAGUUCAGUUCCACCAGGAUCCUUCCGUGUGGAGUUUGCAUGUUCUCCCCAGGUACUCCCGCUUCCACCACAGUCC